GGUUAAAUCAUUCGCUCGUCUACUUUUGAAUAUUUUUUUUUGCACCGUCUCUCGUCCCCAGUCAGUCACUCAAUCUGAAUGGCGUGUUUCCGAAGGCUGCUUCGGGACACCUCGCACUUGCGGAGCUCCUCUUUGCGAGACUGCGAGCACAAAAAAAAAAAUCGCUUCUGGCCCGGCGACCAAACGGAGCCGUUUCCUUCCGACGGUGUCAGUGCGCGACCCAGGCGCGGUAAAACGAAACCCUCUCGGAGAAGCUCUCUGCUGGAGAAAAAAACCACCGCGGCACCAUCUGCCGCUGGGAGAGGUUUUUCUGGUGGCAGCCUGCUCCUGGCAGCUCUCGGAAGCUUCCUCGCGUUAAUGAUUGACCAAGUAAUAUUGGCAGAAAUCAAAUAACUGUUGCUUUAUAACCCUACUGACCUCUUGGUUCACUGAAGUGAACUAUAUCUGCAUUUACAGUUAUUUUUACCCUGAGCGACCUCACCAUCUACUUUAUUGUCACUGUUUUCCAGAUGACACCCAACAGUUAAUACAGAUUACGGCGUUUAAAAUAACGUGUUUUGACCUUCAACCUUUUACUUAAUUACUUUUUGUAGACCGGAUUUCUUCGAAGACCUUAACAUGUAGUCCAAUAACUUAACUUUCCGUAAAAGCACAGACGCGCGGAGAGAUAUUCUUAACUGGUUUAUUUACUAAAGCCUCAGACGAAAAAAAAAAACCGCCCCCGUCUCGUCUCGUGUCUCCGCGGAACAUUUCGGGGCUCGGCCGUCAAACGGGCCAACAUAAAAGGUCGGCGUCGGUUUCGGCUCACAUGUCGGCCAGUGAGUAAGGAGAGGCCGCCGGGCGGACCUGCCAAAAGUUCGAAGGGGUGCGGACACAGUGUCUGCAUUGCAUGGUCUUGUUCGCCGGAGAACACCGACAAAUCCAUCUAUCCACCGGAAAACGUCCAGCCUGAUAAUCAGACUGCAUUUUCCUCGGUGAUCAAAGAAAUGCGCUCAUUUAAGAGCUUUCACGUCUUUAGGACACGAUGCAACAACUCGCACGGCCGCGUCCACCUCAGCCUUGCUCGUCGCUAUUUUUCUGUCGCUGUGUUUCACGAACGUGGCUCGGUACCAAGCCUCCAAGCUGAUUCGCUAUGUUGGACCCCGACAGCCCCCCAUCCUGAAUCCCACCUACCGAGCCCUGAUUGGUCGACUGUCUCUCCCGGCUGGCAGAAACGGCCAUCAUUUGCAAUGGAGGACUCCAUUGAUGUGAUUCUGCAAGACCGUGGCAGGGUCCUCCCAACCAACAGACCCCAUCCUGUACUGUCGGUCUGCGCAGGUGCUCUGCUCACAGGCCUGUAUGGAGUAUGGUGUCUCUUUUCGAAGCCUGGCUUUCGUAAAAUCCCAUGGAGCCUCAAGGUUCCUUAUUUACCCUCCAGUAAAGCUCAGACGCGGAACAUCAUGAAGCUGCUCGAGGGACGAACGGGUCGCUUGGCAGAUCUGGGAUCGGGAGAUGGAAGACUGGUGUUUGCGGCCUCUUCCGCUGGUUUCCAGUGCACAGGGUUUGAGAUUAACUCCAUUUUAGUGGCCUAUGCCAGGAGCAAGGCCCUCUGGACAGGAGUGCCCUCCAGCCAGGCAGCCUUCGUCAAAAAAGACUUCUGGCAGACGGAUUUAUCUUCGUUCAGCAAUGUGACAGCUUUUCUUGCUCCAGGAGUGAUGGGGGUGCUGGGCGAGAAGCUGUUAAAAGAGCUUCCUGGUGAUGCAUGUGUCAUUGCUUGUCGUUUUCCUUUCCCCGACUGGCCACACCAGUCGUCUGUUGGCUUCGGUCUUGACCAGACUUUUGCUUAUGACAUCAGCACCGUGCGUUCACACCUGAGAAAUCACCAAGCCCUGCAGAGACGCUUUUCCAAGACCAGAAAUGAAACAAAAAUAUGAUGUUUAAA